GACAGAUCUUAAAAUAGUAGUUUCGUUCGGUAUAUCGUGCCGAGCUAUAGCACAUUUAACGAUCUUAGAAAAAUGGAAAAAUAAAUUGAUUUAUUAAUGAACUAGUAUUAAAAGUUUAUUAGCAUAAUUUUAACAAAUCAUUGAGUUAAAAUUAUAAACUAGACCCGUUUAGUUCGACUAACUUAUUACACUUUUAAAUUUAUGAAAAUUUAACAAACAUGACAACAUUAUGUGUUCAAAAAAUGUUAUUAAAACAUGAUGAAAGUCACAAAACUCAGUAUCUAGCUGCUAUUUCAGCUUCGCUGACAUUUUAUAUCUUUGGUGCAUACCAAGGAUGGACUGCGCCUUCUCUGAUAAAGCUUCUUUCUGAUGAAUAUCCUAUACCAAUUACUCAAGACGAGGCGUCUGUCGUAGCAACCAUAGGGUCUGCAGGUGAUGUGGUAGGUGGCUUUGUGGGUGCAUAUUUGGCAGAUUUGAUUGGCAGAAAGACCUGCAUUAUGUGUAUCGGCAUACCGCAAAUUUUGUCGCCAAUAUUUGUAUACUUUUCUGACUACUCUAAAUAUUUAUUGUAUAUAGCAAGAAUUAUGGGUGGUAUCGGAGAAGGAUCUAGUAUAGCUAUUGUAGGAACUUACAUUGCUGAAAUUGCAGUACCAAAAGUACGCGGGGUCUUAGGAGGUUCAGCGAUUAUUCUCAUUUGUAUCGGAAUGCUGACAACUAACGUAGUUGGGUCUUAUAUGUCGAUAAAAGAUACUGCUUUAUUAAUGGCUGUGUUUACCAUUAUAUUUUGGAUUUGCUUUAUGUUUAUGCCUGAAAGUCCGUAUUAUUACUUGAUGAAGAACAAGGAUGAAAAGGCCAAACAUUCACUAAAGAUCUUAAGAAGAAAAUUUGACGUCGAAGCAGAGUUCGAUCAAUUAUCCAUAUUUGUCCAAAAACAAAUGGCGGAAAGAGGCACAUUUAGAGACUUAUUCUGCGUUCCAAUAAACCGACAGAUUUUAAUAUUGGUCACAUUGUUAAGAGUGUUCCAAUUUUUUACUGGCUAUAUGGCUCUAACAUCUUAUAUUCAACUAUUGAUAGUUCAAACAACAAACUUAAGUCCAGUUUUUGGUUCAUCUUUAUUAAUUGUAACUGGAAUUAUUACUAUGAUCUUAGCCCUGUUCUACAUAGACAAGACUGGAAGAAGAACUAUAUUUCUUGUUUCCAUGAUCUUGUGCUUUUGCGCCCUUAUUUCCAUGGCGGUAUUUUUAUCUGUACGCGAUUAUACUACUGCAGAUUUAUCAUCCGUUUCAUUUAUGCCAUUGGUAUUUGUAAUAGCUUAUAACAUUUUUUAUUUGGGUGGUUUGGGAAUAGGGGUUAACAUAUACAUUGCUGAAGUAUAUCCCAGUAAUAUUAAAGCAAAAGGUCUGGCGAUUGCAAGUAUAGUAUAUGCGAUUACUCUUACAACUAGCACGAAGUUGUAUCAGUAUACUACCGAUUACAUAGGGGCGUCAGUGCCAUUUUAUAUAUUUGCUGGAUCGACUGUUGGUGGAAUUGCAUAUAUUUAUUUUGUUAUUCCUGAAACUAAAGGGAAAACUUUAGAAAUGAUCCAACAUGAGCUAAGAAAAAGUCGAAAAGCAGUUGAAAGUGAAAGAUUUGAGCAUGAGAUGUAUCCUUUAAAUAAAUAAUAAAAUUUGUACUUCAUAUACAAGGUGGCCCAUUAGUGCAAGGAAUUGCAAUAUCUUCGUCGUUGUCAAAGAUAUAAUAAUAAUAAUAACAAGUUUUUUACAGAUGCUGCAUAGUUUACAAGGGGGCAUAUCCUUGGCAUAUCCUAAAAAUAUUUUGUUGUAUACAGGGUGUCACAAAAAAGUUAUAAUAAAGUGUUUUUAAAUUGCAUCCCCAUUUUUCUGUACAUAAUAAUCGGAUUCACUAUAAAACUGCAUAUAGAACGCUAUUUUAUUUAAAGCACUAUGCUGUGUUGCCAUUAUAUUUCUUAUUUACUAAAACUUUGGUUAAAAACACUAUAUAUGAAAACUACAGUUAAUAUACAUUUAUUAUUACUUAGCCAUGUUUUCUUAAACAAGAAGGACAACAAAAUAAAAUUGCAAAGGAUAAUUUACAUUAUCUUCAUCGCAAUAUUUAAAAUGCUAUAUCUCACUUUUUUUAAAUGUAAUACUUUGUAUAUUAUUUUUACGUAAAAUAAUAUACAGGGUAUUAUUGCAUUUAAAAAAAAAUGGCGCCGGGAGGCACGUAUAGCCGCCCAUACUAAAAUAUGUUAAUAAAAAGUUGGUACGCAGUUCUUUUAGAUUCAAAGUAAGAAAAUUUUUCCAAUUUUUUUAUCUCAAAAACUGCGACUUUGACUGAUUUUGAUGUUAUUACAAAUUUUGUUGCAAAUAUUAUUCCUAACCUUAAAUUGAAAACCGC